GUAUGUACAAUACAUGACUCGGUUUUUAUACGAAGUAAAGCUCUCAGUAUGGCCAUAAAAUAGGUCUGGUUCGAGGUGACUGAGCUCAAUCAUAAUUCGAAACACGUCGCCCAAACAUAAGAUUCGCAGCCAUGAGUGACUCGCUCAGAUCUGCUCUGCAGUCCGCCGUUCCUGAAGACGGCACCCGCGACUCGCUCAUAAGCUCCGUCAUUCCCCUGUUGCUGGGCGGUAUAGCCGAAGUGUCCAAGGCUCUCCGUGAAUCACACCAUGUCUCGGCUGUCGGGACUGCCAACUCGUUUGGCGAUAACCAACUCAAUGUCGAUGUGAGAGCCGAGGAACUGCUACGCAAAGUCAUAUCGCGCUGUCCUUUCAUAGCAACCACCAGCAGCGAAGAAGAUCCCGUGCAGCGCCCUGUCAACCCCAAGACGGGACACUACUGCGUCGCGUUCGAUCCCUUGGACGGCAGCUCCAUCAUCUCGGCCAACUGGACGGUCGGCACGAUUGUCUCCAUCUGGGACGGGCCUUCGGCACUGGGCCAGGACCCCGCACACAAGCAAGUCGGCGCCAUCCUGGGCGUGUACGGCCCGCGCGCAACCGCCAUCGUAGCCGUUCGCAUUCCAGGAUCAGGAAGAAGCUGUUGUUUCGAGGCCGCCCUGGACGACAAGGGCUGGAUGGCCAAGUGGCGCGUCACGCACCCUAACCUGACCCUCUCGCCCUCGACCUCCUACUUCUCCCCGGCCAACCUGCGCGCUGCCUCGCAGGACUCGCGCUACAUGUCUCUCGUCACGGGCUACAUCUCCCGGCAGUACACGCUGCGCUACGCGGGCGGGCUGGUGCCCGACGUCGUCCACAUGCUGAUCCAGGGGCAGGGCGUGUACCUCUCGCCCGUGGACCGGAAUCAGGACAGCAGCAAAGCCAAGCUCAGGAGGCUGUAUGAGCUGUGUCCGCUGGCGCUGGUGGUGGAGUGUGCUGGCGGGCGGGCGGUCGACCCCAGUACUGGGCAGCGCAUUCUCGAGCGCGCGGUGGAGAGUUGCGAUGAGAAGGGCGGUGUUGUGUUGGGGAGUGCAUCGGAAGUGCAGGAGGCCGUGGCCGUGUUGACGGGGUCGUCAGGCAAGUGUUGAAUUGGUUUGUCCCUUUAUUAUGUACGAAUCACCUCACUGCCCGUGUUUCGUAGUCGGCAGCACCCGACGGCGUCCAGUUGAAGCGUGAUGAUGGUAAGGUACUAGAUACUACUAGUAACGUAAGAAUGAUUGGGGAACGGUUAGUUACCGUCGGUAACUUACUCGGCCAAGCCAAGCCAAGCCAAGCCGGCUCGAACUCGAUGGGGCCGAGCCCCACAAUGACAUUGCACAAUAAAUACAGUACAUACAUA